AUGGCUGGCCAAAUCGACUCGACGCGGCCCUUCAACAGCCUAGUCAUCUCUAUCUUCGCGCUCUUUUCGUUCGCAGGAUUCUACUUCAUGCGCAUCGAGAGCGCAAUCCAUGGCGUGCCAAUCAACUUUGAAAAGAUCUGCACAGAAGGGCGCUGGGAGGAUGGGACGCUCAUAAAGCAGACUUACACUGGCAUCAAAGCUGUCGACUUCCUCUUUACCUGGCUCGUGCCCGCGUUUCUCACGGGCCCCGCGGGGUGGGAUGAAGGAAUCCGGCUACAACAAAUUCAUUUCCUGGUGAACUUCUUCGCAGUCUUGUCCAUCAUCAACAUUGAGGCUGUGCGACAACGGAACAAUGGGCGGAUCAUUAGCUACACUGCGAUUUGGGCGGUCCUAUACCAAACCGUAGCGGGUGCAGCAAUUGUCCCGCUCUACCAUCUCGCAUUUACUCUCGCAUCCAAAAAGAAGACCUACCUUUCCUCUGGUAGAGAAGUAUCGCUGGGUUACGCGAAAUCGCUACUCCCAGCACUUGCAGUCGGCUAUCUCGUCCCCACAAUCGCAAUGUACCUCCCUUGGGGAGAUCUGAACAUUACGCAGAACCUGACAGCAUUGUGGCAACCUGCACCUGCGUUCCCCAACCUGCUACUCCUAGUUCUUGCCCCAGUAUUAGCUUCAAGUUCAAGAAGCUCGUCCAGGACCUCCGAUGUCAAGCACUUGAAGCGAAUCUAUGUGGCCGCCGGCAUUGUCUCAACAUUCACGCAGUGGGCUACGCUUUACUUGUUUUUCACGUCAACGAAUCCCAAACUGUCUUUCAAAUAUGUCUUCGUGCCUAAUAAAAACAUCUGGAAAGAGAACACAGCGCUGGGUUUACACUACAUCUUCUUGUGGGACUUCUGGAUCAUAUAUGCGUCGUCUUUGGUAUGGUGCUGGGUAGUCGUUGUGGACUACCUAAGAUAUGUUCGUGGCAAAGUCACCCCUAUACAGAUGCUUUUGGCUGCAGUUAAUAUUGUUGGAGUGGCACUCGUCGCAGGACCGGGAACUGCCAUGGCACUGGUGUGGAACAAGAGAGAAAACCUUUUGGUUGAAAUCGAGACGGGCGAUCGGAAGAAAAAGGCUGCCUAG